AAAAAUAUUAAAUUCGCACCCGCCUAAAACCUCAAAACCCUCCACUGACUGCGACGCUACCCCUUACUUUCUUUCUCCUUUCUCUUUUCUCAGUCUUCCUGUUUGGAGAGGCGCUUCUUUUCGACAUAUUUUCGAGGAGUCGAUCACACAAUUCUGCAGUUCUAAGAUUCGAUUCCCAACGCUUACCCGGGAGCACCCGAUCCUUUUCUGCGAUUUAUUUGACCGUGGUCUCAGAAGGGGCGAGAGUUUGCGGACAUGGCUCAGUGGCACGCUACAAUGCCCUACUCUGGCAACAGCGCCACGGUCUGUGCAUCGAACGAAGCGACACUUAUUCAUGACAAGAUAAGCUGCCUGAAAAGUUCAUUUGAAUUACGCAAGUUUGGUGCUCGGUUGAGUUGCUUCCAUGGAUAUCCGAUUGGUUUGACCCAUGGCGGUAUCACUGCUGAAUCUCGUGUUAGAAAAGGAAUUCAAGCAGUUUUGCCAAGUAAUGCAGAAAAGGGUGGAGGUAUACGCGGGAAGUUGAAGAAAGUGGUUCUGGCCUAUAGUGGGGGCUUAGAUACCUCAGUUAUUGUUCCAUGGCUGAGGGAGAACUAUGGCUGUGAGGUUGUAUGCUUCACUGCUGACGUUGGCCAAGGUUUGAAGGAGCUCGAAGGUUUGGAAGAGAAGGCCAAGGCCAGUGGUGCAUGUCAGUUGGUGGUAAAGGACCUAAAGGAAGAAUUUGUGAAGGAUUACAUAUAUCCUUGCCUGCGAGCCGGCGCCAUCUAUGAGAGGAAGUACCUGUUGGGGACCUCUAUGGCCCGACCAGUCAUUGCUAAGGCCAUGGUAGAUGUUGCAAAAGAAGUUGGAGCAGAUGCUGUAUCUCAUGGAUGUACUGGAAAGGGAAAUGAUCAGGUUCGGUUUGAGCUGACUUUCUUUGCCUUGAACCCUGAGCUGAAUGUUGUGGCCCCUUGGAGGGAAUGGGACAUAACAGGGAGAGAAGAUGCCAUCGAGUAUGCUAGGAAGCAUAAUGUGCCAGUUCCUGUAACCAAGAAGUCCAUCUAUAGCAGGGACAGAAACUUGUGGCACUUGAGCCAUGAGGGAGAUAUUCUGGAAGACCCUGCGAAUGAGCCAAAGAAGGAUAUGUACAUGAUGACUGUCGACCCUGAAGAUGCUCCUAAUCAACCCGAGUAUGUCGAAAUUGGGAUUGCGUCGGGGCUCCCAAUUUCCAUCAACGGCAAGAAGCUCUCUCCUGCAUCUUUGCUUUCUGAGCUGAACGAGAUCGGGGGGAGGCAUGGUAUUGGUCGCAUUGACCUGGUUGAAAAUCGGCUAGUUGGGAUGAAAAGCCGUGGAGUCUAUGAGACUCCUGGUGGGACCAUCCUUUUCACUGCCGUGCAGGAGCUAGAGACUUUGACCCUGGAUCGGGAAUCCAUGCAACUCAAGGAUUCUCUGGCCCUCAAGUAUGCAGAGUUGGUGUACGCGGGGCGAUGGUUCGAUCCUCUUCGCGAGUCGAUGGACUCUUUCAUGGAGAAGAUCACGGAGACUACGACCGGUACUGUUGUCCUCAAGCUAUACAAAGGAUCUGUUGCGGUUACUAGUCGAAAAAGCCCCUUCAGCCUUUACAGGCAAGAUAUUUCAUCAUUUGAGAGUAGCCAAAUAUACAACCAAGCCGAUGCUGCUGGAUUUAUCCGGCUUUAUGGUCUUCCGAUCAGGGUGCGAGCGAUGCUUAACUAAGAUGUUUGAUUGGAUUUUGUGGCUACUGGUGACUCACAUUAUUGUGGCUGUGAUGUUGGAUAGGCUCUGUCCUGUUUGGCCUUUUGAUAAGAAGUAUUGAUAUUAUGGUCUUCGAUUUAGUGCA